GCUAAUUUUUGAAUUUUUUGUAGAGACAAGGUCUCCCUCUGUUUCCCAAGCUGGUUUCGAACUCCUGGGCUCAAGCGAUCCUUGCGCUUUGGCCUCCCAAAGUGUUGGGAUUACAGGUGUGAGCCACUGUGCCCGGCCCGACCUUUUGUAAAUACUCCCAACUAAUUGUCCAAACGGACUUGAACAAAAGAAUCUUCUUCCCAAUACUGCCAGGGAGGGCAAAAUUCUUCAAAUUCAUGUUUGAGGCCAUAGACCAACAGGAGUAAAAUGGAAUCCGCAGGAAGCAAUGACAAGAAACCCAAGGACACUCAUUUCCCUCCAGCCCAAGUGGCAGAUGGGAUCUCAAAUACACCACGGUGUGACGCGUGACAGGCUGUUCACUGGGGAUGUGGAGCAUUUUAAGUGCCCUGCAGAGGGUGGGCCUGGGUCACCACUCCCCGCGGCACCCCUCCCCAGGCAGCAUUCCUGGGGAGUCUGAACCUCCCUUGGUGGACCGACUCCCGAGGGUCUCUAGGGUUUUUCACCUCAUCUCGAGGUGAACUGAAGGCAUGGGAAUAGGCAGCCCCACAGCCUGGGGCCCCCAAACCCCCUCUGGUCUGAGAGCAAGAGAUGCCGCCUGGAGGCCACUCACCAAGCAGCUCCGCUGGCUCGGCAAUGGGGGUCGUCCGGGUCUGGGUCAUUGCCACUGGCUCGCCCUCCGCCCACCCUUGCUUCCCGGACUCAAGAGCUGCUGGGUUCUCGGCGCGCCGGCAGUGGGCUCCGCAGUCUGUCUCCUACACAGAGCAGGCGGGAGGAGGGCUCUGGGUUGCUUCCCCCGCCGCAGCCGCGCGCUUCCGGCGGGGUCGCCGCCACUUCCGCUCGAGCGCGCCUCGCGCGGCCGCGGCGCGAGCCGGGACCCCGGGAAGGGUCUGGUGCGCGGCCCAGGAGGCACCGCUGUCUCCUCACAAUCGGCCGGGCCUGCAGCCGCUGCCGCCGCCGUCGCCGCCCUACUCAGGGAGUGGCCCAGGCCUGCGGCGCGCCACCCUCACCUCCUUCAUUCCUACCGUCAAAGCCCAGCCUUGGCUACCUGACCCCCGUGUGGUCUCGAACUCGGUUAGUCCGGUGAAGGGACAGAAGCCUGGGUUCCCGGCGGCAUCACUGAGAUGCUCAGUCCUGAAUUCUGCCCUCCAUUAGGAUUAUCUGCUUUGUGGGAUAAUUUCCUCAUUGGUUGAGUCAGUGAGUUGCGUGUCUGCAAGAGAGCAUCCUAUCUGGAGACUGGGUUUCACUCUGUCGCCUCAGCUGGAGAGCAAU